AUGAGCACCAGAUCCAGGCUGCUGCCAAGGCCACCAAAAGAACUCACACAGGCGAUCUCGUCAUUCUCAAUCCUGAUAAACCGCACAGAGGCGGUGCUGGACAACUUCCUCAUGGACCACACACUCUACCUGACCUAUGGGACCCCAGAGGACCUGCAGGUCAUCGAUCUGGACGAUAAGAAGCCAUACACUAUGUGGAGGGUGCCUGUGAAACAGGAUGGGCAGGUGUUUGGGUACGUACCAUUGCCCUUCAGGUACAAGGACUUGUGGCUCGAGCUCUACUACAAUGUGGUGGGAUAUGCCACCAUCUGGAAGCUUUGGAAUGACAAGUGUAAGAAGAACUCUGGGAUGAUGCUUGUCACACACAUGCAUGUGAGGUUGAUGGCGGUGGAUCAAUUGGUUGUUAUGCAUCACAAUGUAAAGCCUGGAGUGGAGUGUGUCCCCAUUCUGGACAAAUGGAAGGUCUGGCACCUCCAUGACUGGUUCAGCAUGACUUUCCUGGAGGCCAGUGGUGAAGGAGAAGAAUGA